UCUUCUGAAUAUCUUGAGAGGCAUAUCGAGCAAGGUGGGAAGACAGUGGAAGUUAAAGGAGGAGAACAUUGCUAUUAUCAGGGAAAAAUUCGAGGAAAUUCUGUAUCAUUUGUUGCCUUGUCAACAUGCCAUGGAUUACAUGGGAUGUUCUAUGAUGGAAAUCAUACUUACCUUAUUGAGCCAGAUGAAAACUACACUUCAGAUGAUGACUUCCAUUUCCACUCUGUUUACAAAUCCAAGUUGUUUGAAUUUCCUUCAGUCGACCUGCCAUCUGAAUUCUGGCAGGCGAAUACUACAUCACAGAAUUUUGUUGUAAGGCCAAGACACAAAAGAAGGAAAAGGCAGGUUCGUCAGAUUCCACGUAAAGUUGAAGAGGAAACAAAAUACAUUGAGUUGAUGAUUGUAAAUGAUCACCUAAUGUGUAAAAAGCACCGCUUGUCAGUCGGCCAUACCAACAGCUACGCUAAAUCAGUUGUGAACAUGGCUGAUUUGAUAUAUAAGGAACAACUUAACACCAGGAUAGUAUUGGUUGCCAUGGAAACCUGGGCUACUGAUAACAAGUUCACCAUAUCUGAAAACCCCUUGGUGACUCUACGUGAGUUUAUGAAAUAUAGGAGGGAUUUUAUCAGAGAGAAAAGUGACGCAGUUCACCUUUUUUCGGGGAGUCGAUUUCAGAGCAGUCGAAGUGGUGUAGCCCACACUGGUGGAAUCUGUUCCUUGCUUAAAGGCGGAGGUGUGAAUGAGUUUGGAAAGCCAGACUUAAUGGCAGUUACCCUGGCACAGACCUUGGCCCAAAAUAUUGGCAUUUUCUCAGACAGAAGAAAACUUCUAAGUGGUGAAUGUAAGUGUGAGGACAUGUGGUCUGGAUGCAUAAUGGGAGAUAUGGGGUACUAUCUUCCAAGCAAGUUCUCUGAGUGUGAUAUUGAAGAGUAUCAUGAAUUUUUAAACAAUGGAGGUGGAGCCUGCCUUUUUAAUAAACCAACCAAACUAUUGGAUCCUCCAGAAUGUGGCAAUGGCUUUGUGGAAGAUGGAGAGGAAUGUGACUGUGGGACAAUAGCGGAGUGUGCCAGUGAAGGAGGAGAGUGCUGCAAUACCUGCACCCUGACCGCGGGCUCCCAGUGCAGCAACGGGCUCUGCUGUCGGAAGUGCCGGUUUGAACCUAAAGGAGUUUUGUGUCGAGAAGCAGUGAAUGAUUGUGAUAUUGCAGAGAACUGCACAGGAAAUUCCAGCCAGUGUUCUCCUAAUAUCCAUAAAAUGGAUGGAUAUUCAUGCGAUAACAGACAGGGUAUUUGCUUUGGAGGAAGAUGUAAAACCAGGGACCGGCAAUGUAAAUAUAUAUGGGGUGAAAAAGUGACGGCUGCUGACAGGUACUGCUAUGAGAAGCUGAAUAUUGAGGGGACUGAGAAAGGAAACUGUGGAAGAGACAAGGACUCUUGGAUACAGUGCAAUAAACAGGAUGUGCUUUGUGGAUACCUUCUGUGCUCCAAUAUAUCCAGUGUGCCCAGACUUGGAGAACUUGAUGGAGAAAUCACAACAUCAAUCUUGCACUAUGGAAAAGUCUACAAUUGCAGUGGUGGCCACGUGAAGCUCGAUGAGGACACGGACCUGGGCUACGUGGAGAACGGGACGCCGUGUGGGCCGGACAUGGUGUGCCUGGACCAUCGCUGCCUCCCCGCCGAGGCCUUCAACUUCAGCACCUGCCCGGGCACUACCGACAGCCAGAUUUGUUCAGGACACGGGGUUUGUAGCAAUGAAAUAAAAUGCGUCUGCGACCGUUUCUGGGGAGGAGAUGACUGCAGUUCUCAUAUCAAAGAUGAUCUAUUUUUUGAUAAGGAUGCCAUCAAUAAAGGUGUGGUUAGCACAAAUAUAAUAAUAGGGGCUAUUGCUGGCACCAUUUUAGUGUUGGCUCUCGUUUUAGGAAUAACUGGUUGGGGUUACAAGUCAAAUGGAUUAUCUCAUUCCUGGAGUGAAAGGAUCCCAGACACAAAACAUAUUUCAGACAUUUGUGAAAAUGGGAGGCCUAGGAGUAAUUCUUGGCAAGGUAAUAUAGGAGGAAACAGAAAGAAAGUCAGAGGCAAAAGAUUUAGGCCACGGUCUAAUUCAACUGAGUAUUUAAACCCAUGGUUCAAAAGAGAAUAUAAUGUAGCUAAGUGGGUAGAAGAUGUGAAUAAAAACACAGAAGGACCAUACUUUAGGACACUGUCUCCUGCAAAGUCUCCGUCUUCAUCCACUGGAUCUAUUGCCUCCAGCAGAAAAUACCCUUACCCAAUGCCACCACUUCCUGAUGAAGAGAAAAAAGUCAACAGGCAAAGUGCCAGGCUAUGGGAGACAUCCAUCUAGAUGCAGUGUUUUCCUGGGGUCACAUCAGAACUGUUUACUUUGGAUUUUAUAGAAACUCAGCAUCACUGAGUCACUGCACAUUCAUCUGCUCUUCAGACAAUUCGGGAGAUCAACAGAGAUGCCCGUGAUAUUGCAGUGAUAACCUCCUGUCAUGUGGAAAGGGAAAAAACCAGUCUUUUUUUCUUUCUUUCUUUUUUGUUGACUUGUAUUUUAUGGAUUUUACAAACAACCAAAAUCAUAACAUUUGACAGAGAAUAAUUAGCCCAGAUGUGACAAGGCUGUUCUGCAUGGUGACCUAGAAUCCCAGCUGCAGUCCAUUUGCCAGUCCUGUGUAAGAGAGGUUUUUCUCUGGUUUACUGCAGUCCUGAGUCAGACCAGAGCGGAACUGGGAACCUGCCUCACGGAGAGCCCAGCUGAUGUAAACUUGUAUGCUGUAUGCAUGAACCUUGUGUUCUUUACUUUCCACAUGUAAGGGAAAAACAACAUACUGUAGUAGAGAUUAGCAUGCAGGAGUAAGAAAUAUAGGUUUUUUUUUUUUGUGACAGGAUUUCAAGCUUUGAAAGGCAACUAUUUGACACAAAUGGCAAACAAACAAAGAUUAUAUCUUUUUUUUUUACCUUACAUGUUUAUAAUCUCAGUAUACAGAUUGUAUAUAUGUAAACAUUCAAUAAUGUCAAAAAUAGCUGUUAUAUGUAUGUGUAUUUUGCCAAAUGCCUAAAGAAACAGUCAUGACUAACAUCAUCACACUUCAGAUUUUCUAAUAUUAUGAGCAGACAUCCUUGGAAAUACAGAAAGUACAGUACUGUAAAACUGUGUCUCUCAGAAACUGGUGUUUGACCAAAACCUAUACAACUUUUUCAGCAUCUUAUACUGUCUUGACAAUCUCAAUUGUACAGUAGACUGCGGAAACCAGUACAGCAGCACUUUGUCUUAAAUCAUCAUAAAAGGAACCAGCCAAAAUCACUUGUUUAGUAAGAUAACCACUGUAUCCUCUCACAGGUGUAAUCAAGAAUGAUUCAGCAGACAACAGAGUCUUUAAGUCACGUGCAGCCCAAACUUACUGGACAUUUGGGAAUACUUCUAAGUGGUCAAUUCAGGAUGUGGUGAUGUGAAGUCUGUCUGUGAGAGUUGCUGUGUAUUUUUGAUAGAGCAUUUCAGACACUGUUUUAGAUGGCAAGGCAUAGGCUUAUGAGAGGCAAAGCAAUUUCACUGCACUAGAUAAUAACAGUGCUGGGCAAGUGGCCAGUUUCAUUGCUGUCUUUCAAUUUUUAUUCAUUACUGGAAUCGCAUUUACCAUGCGCUUGAAUGCUAUGCUUGCUGCCCCUGAAGCCCCCUUGACAAUUUUUUGGGGCAUUAAACUGAGCACAAAUGAAUUUAGCUUAAAAAGAAUGGGGGGGAGGGGGGAACAACUCUUUACCAUGUUAAUCUUGUCUGUAAGUUGAUGGUUAUAUUUCUAACACCUGAGACUUCUGAAGGUUGUUAUAAAAAAAAUGCCUUCUGGUUGGGAAUUUUCAGUUAGUGAGAAACUGGACCGUAUUAAAUCAGUCUAAAAUUCUCUCUGUUUUUCCAAAACGGACUACUUGGUAGCUUCAGGUAGUACCAUUGCAGAAUAAAACACCUGACUCUUUGGUGCAGUUGAAUACCCUACACAACAGCUGUAUGAUUAAUUAGAUAUUAUUGUAAUAGGAACAUCUAUGGUGUUUCUGAAUCUUCUACCUCUUUCAUGUAUUUCUUUUAGUAAGUGAACCCAACACUUGCAGCCUUUUAAUGUAUUUUUUUAACUUUUACGUCUCUCAAUAAAGUCAGAUAUAUGUAAGAUUAAAUUAAUAAUUGUUUAAAGAUGUUGGCAGCUGUAAAAUAUGUAAGAUUUUUAGAAACUAUAUUUUAUGAUUAGGCUGUAUGUUGGAUUAUGACAAAAUAUUGGCCUUGGCAUUCAAAUGAUUUUCUCACAGUCAACAGGUUCUGGUAAGUAUUUGAAAAAAGACAAAUAUAAGUGAGCACAAGUGGGUGCAGACUGACCAUCUGGAAAGAGACAGUCACUUGUAACUGCUUUAGAGAAAGAUUCUGCUUUUUUGUGAAAGAUAAAUAUAUCAAUCAGCACUGAAGAUUAUUUUUUGCAAUGAUUUACUUUGAGUGUAGCUAUCUGGAUUAAAGAUAGUUGAUAGCAUGUAGCUUAUGAAAUUAGGGUCUGAGCCAUAACUUGAAAUCAAUAUGUCUUUUGUUGACUUCACUGGAUUUUGAGCAGGACCCUCAAGAGGUUCACCCACAUUAGGACAUAAGGAUAACCCGAUCAUCGCUGUAUUACUCUGUCACCUGGAAGCUGGUUUUCCCUCCCAUAUUCAUAUCUUGUCUUCAGUAACUGGACUGUUCAUCAUGUGCCUUUUGUGGUAUUUUUUUGGAUACAAACUGAUCCCAUUAGAUUUCUGUGCAUAUCAUAUGUUUAUCAGUGUUUACUCUUCCCUUUCCAUUUUGCCUUAUCAAGAAGUAGCAAGAUUUGGCAGACAGAACUGGAGAUAACAUGCAAGCUCUUUCUGCUAUGUUCAUAGCUUCUUGUUUUGCAAACAAAUGGCCGUCCUGAUUGUAUUUUCAAUGUAGUAUGUAUUUCCAGCUUCUUUUGUUUUGGUAUAAUUCAUUUGUAGCAUAUGAUGAUACACUAAUGUGUGCAGUGUACCUUUAACAGUCACCCUCACAUUUGGAGAUAUGUAGUGACUGGAAGUCUGGUUCUGAGCACUAAGUUUAAGUUAAAUAAAUGUUGACUUUCACUUU